AUGAGCACGUAUGGGACCCUGCUGAAGGUCACUUCGUUCGGGGAGAGCCACGGAAAAGCAAUCGGGUGCGUGAUAGAUGGGUUCCUGCCAAACAUAGAAAUAAAUUUUGACUUGAUACAAAAACAACUAAAUAGGAGAAGACCAAAUCAGUCGAAGCUAACGAGUAACCGAAAUGAACAGGACAAAUUAGUUGUCCUUUCCGGUUUUGAUGAAAAUAAAACUUUGGGAACUCCAAUCACUUUUUUAAUUAAUAAUGAAGAUAUAAAAAAAGAAAAUUAUUCCUCAUUCAUAGAUAUUCCAAGACCAGGGCAUGGAGAUUACACAUAUUUUAAAAAAUAUAAUGUUAAAAAUAAAAGUGGGAGUAGUCGUUUUUCUGGCAGAGAAACAGCUACCCGUGUGGCAGCUGGUGCUUGUAUAGAGCAGUGGUUGCACAAUUUUUACCAUUGCACCAUCGUUUGUUAUGUCCAUUCUGUUGGGAAUAUAAGGCUACCUGAGCACAUCAUCAAAAAUUUCGAACGCAACCCCCCCUCGAGGGAUUUAGUCGACACGUAUGGGACUGUCAAGUACGACCAGAGGAGAGGUACAUUCAUCGACUUCUUCGUGAAGGGCAUCGAAUUUGGUAGUGGAUUCGACGGGACGUACAUGCUCGGGUCGGAUCAUAACGAUUUGUUUAGCACGUUGGAUGCAUCAGAGGAGGGGCCUUAUCAGAAGGGGUGUACUCUCACGGAUACGAUUCACAGCAAAAGGGGAGAAAUGACACCAGGGGGGAGUCACUCAGAGGAGGAUACUUUUUUCGAAAAAGAUGACUGCCAUCGAUCGGACCAUCCCUCCAAUCGAUCCCACCCCCGAGUCGACGAAUCGACGCGAGAUACUUCUUCUCCUAGUGGCGAAAAACUGCUAAUCACAACGAGUAACAACUGCGGAGGCAUCUUAGCAGGAAUUACAACAGGGAAUAAUAUUGUCUUUAGAUCGGCCAUAAAGCCAGUAUCUUCCAUACAAAUAGAAAAGGAAACGUGUAAUUUUUUUGGACAAAGGUGCAAACUGAAAGUAACAGGAAUGCAUGACUGCUGCAUUUUGCCGAGACUUCCCCCCAUUAUUGAAGCCUCCACUAGUAUUGUAAUUGGAGAUAUGAUACUUCGGCAAGUGGCUAAGUAUGGCCAUAGCAAGCUUCCCUCUGUGGGGUACCUCUCCCGUUCGAAGAAGGAGUAA